AUGGCCCUCUCACCCGGGGGUACCCUGAGUGUGGAGACCCUGGACCGCUCAGACUCUGACCCGCUGGAGGAGGAGCCCUGGCAGGCCACCUGUGAAAUCCGGCUCGCAGGCAGAGGCCCACUGGCCACUUUCUUCCUCUGUACAUGUCCUUUCUCCUGGCGGGGUCUCCAUGUGGUUGUCCCAGUCCUGGAGCCGGACACAGAGCACAGCAUGGAUGUCAUCCUGGUGGGCUCCAGCGAGCUGUCAGCACCGGCUUCCCCUGGGCCCCGCAGAGAUCUUCUUGCAUAUGAAGUCAAGGUUAACCAGAGAGACAUAGAAGACAUGUGCAUCUGCUGUGGGAGCUUCCAGGUGCACACACAGCACCCUCUGUUUGAAGGGGGGAUGUGCGCUCCGUGCAAGGACAAGUUUCUGGACUGCCUCUUCCUGUACGACGAUGAUGGGUACCAGUCAUACUGUUCCAUCUGCUGCGCGGGAGAGACGCUGCUCAUCUGCGAAAACCCCGACUGCACCCGAUGCUACUGCUUCGAGUGCGUGGACACGCUGGUCGGCCCCGGAACCUCGGGGAAAGUUCAGGCCAUGAGCAACUGGGUGUGUUUCCUGUGCCUGCCCUUCCCCCACAGCGGGCUCCUGCACAGGAGGAGGAAAUGGCGGGGCUGGCUGAAGGCUUUCUGUGACCGCGAGUCGGAGAAUCCCCUCGAGACGUAUAAAACAGUGCCCGUGUGGAAGAGAGAGCCAGUCCGGGUGCUGUCCCUCUUUGGGGACAUCAGGAGAGAGCUCGAGAGUCUGGGCUUCUUGGAGAGUGGUUCCACCCCGGGAGGACUGAAGCACUUGGACGAUGUCACGGAUGUUGUGAGGAGGGACGUGGAAGGAUGGGGCCCCUUCGACCUCGUGUACGGCUCCACACCCGCCCUUGGCCACGCCUGCGACCAUCCUCCAGCGUGGUACCUGUUCCAGUUCCACCGCGUCCUGCAGUACGCGAGGCCCAGGCCAGGCAGCCAGCAGCCCUUCUUCUGGAUGUUCGUAGACAAUCUGGUGCUGAGCCAAGAUGACCAGACCGUAGCCACUCGCUUCCUGGAGGCCGACCCGGUGACCAUCCAGGACGUCUGUGGCCGGGCCGUCCAGAACGCCGUGCACGUGUGGAGCAACAUCCCAGCUGUGAGAAGCAGGCACUCUGGCCCGGCUUCCCGUGAGGAAUUGACCCUGCUGGCUCAGGACAGGCAGAGAACAAAGCCCCCCGCCCAGGGGCCCACCAAGCUGGUGAAGAAUUGUUUUCUCCCCCUGAGAGAAUAUUUCAAGUAUUUUUCAACAGAACUCACUUCCUCUUUAUAAAUGAUUUAUUUUACUAUGAAGAAAAAAAGACUUUUCCUAGAACCAGGCAACUUUCCUUACAUUGUUUCUUUUUUCCUUUCCAAAUUAUUAUUUUAUUUGCUUGACUUCGGAUUUCCCAAGGUUGCCACAGACGUGUCUUCCCUUUGGGUGUGGUGGUGCAGGGCCCCGGCCCUACAGUGCCCUUCUGGGGAGGGAGGCGUGGGUGAAGUUCACAGCCCCUGACCGGGGACACCACCCUGAUGUUAUGAAGCAUAUUUGCUGCUGAAAAUGUUUCUGUGUGCCUGUUGAGAACUUAAAAAUAUAUUUAU